GGCGCUGCUCACAUGCUAAAUCCAUCAGCAUCCUGUUACCUGGCACGCAGUGCAGCAUUGCCUUCACAGUCGCAAUCUCAGGAAAUUCGGAAUGCUUGGAUGAAGCAAGCUUGGAUACAAACGUCACGUAAGGAAGCUAAUUUAGCAAAUCCGUUUCUCGAGGAAAAUCUGGGUGAUUAUCUGGGGCAGUCGCAUGUGAAUGUGCCAUCCAGAAACUGGUCUCCAAAUUUAUCACAUGUAGCUAGAACAAGAUUCGCGUGUUUGCUUUGCAUGCGUCCCUACAAGAGUUACGAUCGCUUACGACGGCACGAAAAGUACGCACACGGAAUUGGAACUUCAGCUCAAACGGACACGGCAGGAAGCAUUGAUGUGGUCAACAAUUUCUUCAAAUGCUCACUGCGCGACAAAUACUACAAUGGGAAAGGAAGCCCUAAAUGA